AAAAGCGCGUUUUCCAGAAUUGUGCAAAUUGACCCUCGCGGUUUCCCGUCGAUGCGUGUGGAAGCGACACAGUGCUGACAACAAAUCACAAUGGCAGACUACACAACAUUAGAAAGCCUCCUGGAAAUGGGCUUCGACAGAAACAAAGCGGAGAAAGCUGUAGCACAUACUGGAAACCAAGGCAUUGAGAGAGCAAUGGACUGGUUAAUGGAGCAUGAGAAUGAUCCAGACAUAGACGAACCUUACAUUCCACCUGCUGGGAACGUUCUCGGCUCAACAGAAGAACAAAGCAGCCCACUACAGUCUCCUUCAGGAACCUCUGAACAACCAGCCACUGAAAAUUUAGAAGAAGUGGAAGAUUCCAAACAUCCUAUGACAGAGGAAGAGAGGAAAGAACAAGUAAAAAGAUUAGAAGAGUUGAUGAGGGUGAGGCAGGAGGAGAGAAGAGAAAGACAGCGUCAGGAGGAGAUAGAAAGAGAAAAGCAGAGGAGGAAACAAGGCCAAGAGCUUCUGCAUAUCAAACAAAAGCUUCAGGAGGAUGAGAUGAAGAAAAUUGCAGAACAGCGCAGGAGGGAGAAAUUAGAGGACAAACUUGCCAAGCAGCGGGUUAAAGAUAAGAUCGCUCGUGACAGAGAGGAAAGAGCACAAAAGUUUGGAGGUGGUUCAUCAAGCACGGUUCUGUCAUCUCCCCCCUCUGAAGCCCCUUCACAGUCUUCCCCUGAGAGCCAAGGACCCCCUCCAGCGAAGAAAGAUUACGAUGAAUGUCGAAUUCAGGUGCGUCUGCUAGAUGGUACUACCUUAAGUGCUGUAUUUAAGGCUCAGGAACCUCUGGCUGCUGUGAGAGUCUAUGUGGAGAUGAACGGGGCACCUGGACAGGAUUUUAACCUAAUUUCUCCUUACCCCAGACACAUAUACACAGAUCUAGACAUGGAAAAACCCCUGCGUGAGCUGGGUCUGGUGCCUUCUGCUGUCCUUGUGGUUACCAAGAAAUGAGAUGAUGAAACAAAUAGAAAAAGUCGUUCUUCCAUGCAUCCACACAAGAUCAAAUGGAUUUCUGUAACAAGACUAUGAUUCAAUGAACUGCUACAAUGGUUUCACUCCACAAAGCGCCAAAUAUGCAUAUAAUCAAGUUGAUCACUAACUAAGUUUUUCGCUCUCAAUAAAAGGUUGAGUGAAUUUUCAUAAUGUUAGUGUGAGCUUUUUGAUUUGCCACAUAAAAAGCUGCUCUGUUUUCAACAACAAAAUGUAUCACAUCAAACUCAUUCAUCUUUUACGAUUUUUUUGUUGCUUUUUUAGGUGUGAAAAUGGCGAAAACUGUUGAUAAAGAACAUUCAAUAUCAAUGAGCCUGUGCUGUACAUGUCCUGUUUGAUGAGCACUGUGCAGUCACAAUAAAGUUACUUUUUAAGGAACUCGCUAAA